UUUUGAUAAUUAAUUUGCAUGUAUUUAUGAUAACUGUAAAAUUUGUUUAUUUUUAUGUUUUAAAUACCCUCCCUUGCGUCUAAAUUAUGAACAACGUAAUUCUUUUAACAACAUUUUAAUCUUAUCUAUAUAAGUGGUUGCAAAAACGCUCUGGUUCUAUAAAGUAUGUGUGAAUUAGCGCUACCAGAAACCUUCGUAAAAGGUUUUCACGAUGCAAAUGUUAUUAAAAAAAUGCCUUACUUACCUCUCGGUGAUACUAAUAUGUUGGUAAGCAAGCUCUCCCUAGGGACAGGUGGAUUUUCCUACUUCUAUGGGGACUAUAAUAUAGAAGAAUGCAAGAAAACUGUUUACGAAGCAAUAAAGAGUGGCAUCAAUUUUAUAGAUACUGGACCAUGGUAUGGACAUGGGGAAUCUGAAAGCAUAUUGGGAAUGUGUCUCGAAGGUAUUCCCAGAUCCGCAUAUUACUUAGCCACAAAAGUAGGCAGAUAUGAAAAAGAGAGAAGCAAAAUGUUUAAUUUUUCUGCGGAAAGAACUAGGAAAAGUAUUGAUGAAUCUUUGGCCAGAUUGAAAUUGGAUUAUGUUGACUUACUUCAGGUGCAUGACAUUGAAUUUGCACCCACUUUAACCCAAGUCCUAACAGAAACACUUCCAACUGUCCAAGAAAUAGUUAAAGCAGGUAAAGCGAAGCAUAUUGGCAUAACUGGCUAUCCAGUCAGUACCCUAAAAGAGUGUAUAGAAAAGAGCACCGUUCCUAUUGAGACAGUACUGUCUUAUUGCAGAUCAUCCAUGAUCGAUAACAGUUUGAAAGAAUUUGUACCAUUUUUUAAGGAAAAUAAAAUUGGGAUAAUUAAUGCAGCGGUGAACUCCAUGGGGCUCCUUACAAACAAAGGCCCUCAAAAUUGGCAUCCUGCCAGUGAGGAGGUAAAACAAACUUGUAAAAAAGCCGGAGAGUUUUGUAAGGCUCAUAAUGUUGAAUUAGGGAAGUUAGCGGUAUAUCAUGGGCUUCGAGACCCUUAUACCGAUACAGUUUUAGUUGGCAUGAACACUAGAGAACUUUUAAAGUAUAAUUUGGAUGUACUCUAUGACGGUUUGACAGAGAAGGAGGGCGAAGUUUAUGAUGAAGUGAAAAAGAUUUUACAGGCGCUCCCUGAGCAAACUCACUGGGAAGGCGUCGAACAUCAAAAAUAAACAUUUCAUAUUGGAA